CACAGCCACACACAUCGUCAUCAGUCAUCACCUUAUCACCCAGCAGGGACUAGUAGUCACUUCCCUGUGAGGCUGAGAAUUAAGAUACCCAAGAUAUUAUUCGCGUUUUCUACACCAAUCUCUUUCAUCUAUGUGAACUCUAGCUACUUGUAAACUAAGGAAAUGCUCUGCAGCUCGCCAUUUUCUUACCCAACACUUCAAUGGCGCCCCUGAAAAAACUCGUCCAUAUCUCACUUCUCCUGCUAGUAUGCACAGCCAAGGCGGCCAACCCAGAAGCAGAAGCACUUCUCUGGUGGAAGUCGACUUUGGUUGGCGCUAACUCGCUGUCCUCAUGGUCGACUGCGAAUUCCACCUGCUCUUGGUUUGGCGUCUCCUGUGACACUGCCGGGCAUGUUAUGGAACUCAGCCUUCCCAACGCUGGACUCAACGGUACGCUCGAUUACUUGUAUUCGCCGGCGUUCUUGAACCUCACCAAGAUCAAACUCAACAACAACAAUCUUGUUGGCGCCAUCCCAGCAAACAUAUCCAAGUUGCUAACGCUCACUUAUCUGGACUUGAGCAGCAACAAUCUUGCUGGUGCCAUCCCCUACCAACUCAGCAACCUACCAAUGCUUGUCAAGUUUAAUCUGGCAAAUAACCACUUGACUAACCUGGAAUACAGCAAGUUCUCACCUAUGUCCAGUUUGAACAUGUUGUCUCUAGCUAAUAAUGAUCUCAGUGGUACCUUCCCACCAUUCAUCCUCAACUGCACCAAUUUGAGGAUGAAAUCCCUCGAUCUAUCGGGUAACGCCUUCUCAGGUCCAUUACCAGAUUCACUGCCGGAGAUGGCCCCACGGUUGAGGUAUCUAAAUCUGUCCAUUAAUGGUUUCUAUGGAUCCAUACCUCGCUCAUUCUCAAGGCUCCAAAACCUCGAGGCACUAUAUCUCGGGAGAAAUAAUCUGACAGGAGGAAUCCCACCCGAGCUGGGGAUGAUAUCUGGGUUGCGAAACCUUUCACUGGGCAGGAACCCACUUGGUGGUUCGAUCCCAACCUCACUGGGGCAGCUUCAGUUGCUACAGGUGCUCAAAAUCAGAAACACUAGUUUGGUUUCUACUCUUCCACCUGAGCUGGGGAACCUUACUAGUCUUAAGCAUCUCGAGCUGCAGGAGAAUCAGUUACAUGGAAGUAUGCCACCAUGUUUUGCCAGGAUAAAAACAUUGAUGAUUUUUUCAUUGGCUGGAAAUAAUAUUAAUGGUACCAUCCCGACAGAGAUGUUCACAAACUGGACCAAGCUCGAGUAUUUUGAUGUAUCCAGAAACUUGUUUACUGGAAGAAGCCCAUCGCAUAUCAGCAAGUGCAAGAAGCUCAAAGUUUUUGGUGUAUCCAGAAACUUGUUAACUGGAAGCAUCCCAUCGCAUAUCAGCAAGUGCAAGGAGCUCAUCUAUUUUGAUGUAUCUGAAAACUUGCUAACUGGAAGCAUCCCAGUCGGGAUAGGGGAGCAUGCGAAACUUGCAAGCAUUGUUUUUGUCCAAAAAUCGCCUUACUGGAAAUAUGCCAUCAGAUAUUGCUCCAACCAACUAAAGGGUGAGCUUCCUAAAACUAUCUCCUUGCUCAUAAAUCUUGUUGCUCUCGACUUGUCUGGCAACAAGUUUACAGGUAUCAUUCCUCAUUGUGACAGCAGGCAGUUGCCAGUUAAGGUUGCCAAUAGUACAGACAAUAGCAACUUCUCGGGAGAAUCAAGGUCUGUGUUUUGUGGGUUAACGCUUCUGAUGCUCUUGGAUCUAUCAAACAAUGAGCUGUUUGGAGAUUUUCCUGCUUGCUUGUGGAAUUUGAAAGAUUUACAAACCUUGGAUUUGUCAGGCAAUGCUUUUGCUGGGGAAGUUCCAACCUCAACUUUCAACAACUCUUCACUAAGGUCACUGCACUUGUCAGGCAACAACUUCACAGGUUGCUUUCCAGCGGUGUUGAAGAACUUAAAAAGCCUAGUUGUUUUGGAUCUCGGGAACAAUAAAAUUUCUGGUGUAAUUCCUCUGUGGAUAGGGGAAAUCAAUCUUUCUUUGAGGAUUCUCAGCCUGCGAACAAACAUGUUCUUCGGAAGUAUUCCCUGGCAGCUGUCACAACUCCCUCAUCUCCAACUGCUUGAUCUUGCUGAAAAUAAUUUUAUAGGUUCCAUACCAGAAAGUUUCAACAACUUGUCCUUGAUGAAACAGACAUUUGUGAUGCAACCGUUUGUAACAAUUGACAUACCUCAGUGGUAUUUUUACAAUGGAAGCAUGGCCAUAAUUUGGAAGGGACGGGAGUACACUUUUGAGGGAAGAUAUGCAUUUCUGACAGGUAUUGAUCUCUCUGGUAAUUCUCUAUCUGGUGAGAUCCCUUCAGAGCUGACAAGUCUCAGAGGCAUGCGGUUACUAAAUAUUUCUCGAAAUAAUGUGUCUGGUAGUAUCCCCAAGGAUAUUGGCAAUCUAAAUUUAUUAGAAUCCCUUGACCUCUCUUGGAACAAACUAUCAGGCCAUAUUCCUCCUAGUGUCUCAAACCUGAUGUCCCUCACCACUUUCAAUCUCUCCAACAACCUUCUGUCAGGAGAGAUACCUACAGGCAGUCAGCUCCAAACACUCGAUGACCCAUCGAUCUACGACAAUAAUCUGGGACUCUGUGGUCCCCCCUUAAGAUCAUGCACAAAUAAUUCGAGUGGUACACCACCGAUGGAUGGGGCAAAGGAAUAUCACCAUGAACUGGAAACACUCUGGCUGUACUACUCGGUGAUUGCUGGAAUUGUAUUUGGUUUCUGGGUAUGGUUUGGAGCAUUGUUUUUGUGCAAGAUCUGGCGGGUUGCUUUCUUCAGUUGUAUCGAUGCCAUGCAGCAGAAUAUUGUGCACAAGAUGAAGUGUACCUGACUGUAUUUAUGAUGCAUCCGACUAGAUGCACAAUUUGGUGGAAGAGGCCGCUUUAUCUGCAUUCCGCAUUGUAUAAUGUAUUUUUCAUGACCGUGCAGCUGUAGCUGCAGAUGUUUGUUUUGUUUCACCAAUAAGCUGCAAAUGUCUGUGCCUGUUGUGGGCAGAAUUGGCUUGUAGUUGUUGUAUGAUGUGACCAGUGUCCUACAGGAUUGUAUUAGGUUUUAUUGUCUGAAUUUUUGUGCUUUCCUACAGUACAGUUCCACCGGAUAUUUAGCAA